AUGCAGACCCUGGAGAAGGCUUUACAUCAGCCUAUGCCAUUCACGACCGGCGGCCAAACCAUCACAGAUCGACUGAUCGCGGCAAAACACUCGCUGGCUGGUUCCCAGCUGGGCAAGACCAUUUGCAAAGCGACUACAGAGGAACUGAUGGCUCCAAAGAAGAAGCAUCUUGACUGUAAGGCACUUUUUGUGUUUUAUAUUCUGUUAUAAAGAGAUUUUAGCAAACAUAAGUAAAUUUAUAUUUUCAAAUUUAGGUAUCUUUUUUAAAAUCAAACUCUAAAACAUUUUUUUUUCAGACUUACUACACUGCACCAACGAGCCCAAUGUGUCGAUUCCAUCGAUGGCAAAUCUACUUAUAGAACGAACCCAAAAUCCCAAUUGGAUCGUCGUAUACAAGGCUCUAAUCACGAUUCAUAAUCUGAUGUGCUACGGAAACGAGCGCUUCUCUCAAUAUUUGGCAUCGUGUAACACUUCUUUUAAUCUGACGUCGUUUUUGGACAAAGUUGCCGCUCAGGGAGGUAAUUUGGCAUCAGGUGUGUUACGUGUUUGCGUUGAUUACAUUAAAUUUAGGGUAUGAUAUGUCGACUCAUGUGAGAAGAUAUGGCAAAUACAUCUCGGAGAAAAUAUCUACUUAUCGCCUGUGUGCCUUCGACUUCUGUAAAGUAAAGAGGGGACGUGAAGAUGGCUUGCUUAGAACUUUGCACACUGACAAGGUAAUUUUGGGUAGAUACAGUAAUAUUCUAAAUGAAUUUUAAUUUAAUUUGUUAUAAGUAUACUUGCCAAAACUAAUAUUUUAUUUUACAGUUGUUGAAAACCUUUCCAAUCUUACAAAACCAGAUUGAUGCUCUUCUCGAGUUCCAAGUAAAUCCAUCAGAACUCACUAACAGUGUAAUCAACUGUUCCUUCAUAUUGUUAUUCCGAGAUCUGAUACGACUUUUUGCGUGUUACAAUGAUGGAGUUAUCAAUCUUCUAGAAAAGUAUUUCGAUAUGAACAAGAAACAAUGUAGAGAAGCUUUGGACUUCUACAAGUCGUUUUUGGUAAGUAAAAAUGUGUUUUCAUAUUUAAAUUUGUUUAACAAUCAAUCUUGUUUUAUAUUUUUAUUUAAAUUUUUGAGUUUUCAGCUUCGAUUGGAUAAGGUUUCCGAGUUUCUGAAAGUAGCAGAGUCAGUGGGGAUAGACAAAGGCGAGAUCCCAGACCUGACAAGAGCUCCAGCUUCAUUGCUCGAGGCUUUGGAGGCCCAUUUGUACCAUUUGGAAGGUGGUCGAGGUCCCCCACCAUCAGCUCAACAGGUAAACUUUUAAAUUUAUAUUUUUUUUGUUUAUCAUGACGUUUUAAAACUAAUGAAUUGUGUGGUUUAGAUUGUAAGUCAACAACUCGGAGCUCAACAAGCUCAGCCAUUCCAUUCGUCCAAUAUGUCUGCUGGAAUCGAUGAAACAACACGACAAAAGUAUCUAGAGGAAGAGAAAGAGCGUCUCAGACAGUACGAGGAGCAAAGGAAGAAACAGUUUGGGGACGGUCCAGGUAACUUUAGUUGUUUUUUUACCUAAAUUAAUAAAAAAAUAUUUUUUAUUUGAAAAAAUUUUUUUCUACAUUUUUUUAUAUUGUUGCCUAAAAUAUGUAAAUUUGUUAUAAGAUUCUUUUCUGUACUUUUACACUUUUAGAUCCUAGUAAUCCAUUUGGUGCUCCAGCUCCAUCUAAUGUUCCCUCAGGGCAGGCGGAUCUUUUGAAUCUCUUUGAUCCUCCCCAAGCUCAACCAGCCGCUUCGCAACAACCGGCUCUAGUAGCUCAAGACCCCAACAAUCCGUUCGCGUCGCUUAUGAGUGGACCACCAGCACAAGUUCCCAAAGCCCAACCGGCUAGCUCAGUGAAUCCGUUUGGUCAAUUCCCUCCACUAAGCCAGCCGUCCCAACCCUUAUCAGCUUCGGGACCACCCCCGCCGGUUCCUCCACCACCAGCGGCGGCAUUUAAUCCGUUCGGAAAUGCUGCCCCAGUAUCUCAGCAUUACGGAAUCUACAAUCAGACGCCAUACACUGGAACGGAUGGCAGUUAUACUGCACCUUCUUUCUUCGAUACGCAAAUGGCCAAGAAUGAGUCGAAGAAUGACCACCAGAACGUCGAUCACGCCCUCUCGUCUCUGGUCAACAACUUUUCAAUAAGCCAUCAGCAACCAAAGUAAGUCACUUCAAAUAAUAUUAAUAUCGUUUGACAUUAUUAUUGUAAGCAAUAUCAUUUUAUGUUGUUUGGGUAACAUUUAAAGUUUUAUAAUUACGAGUUUUAGCCCUGCCGGAGGUGUUAACUGGACUGGCGGUCCUCCCCCACAAAGCUUUGGCGCUCCAGGAGCUUACCCCGCUCAACAACCACAGUAUCCACCGAACUCAUUCAACCCAUACGCUAACCAGCAAUGGCAACAACCCACCAACCCCUACGGCCAACCUUUCCAGCAACAACCCCAAUACCCACAGACCAACCCCUACAGUCAGCCCCAAGCCAGCCAGCCUCCAUUUGGUACAGCGAGUCAGCCAAACGCCGCGAAAGAUCCGUUUUCAUUCUCGUAA